AUGUUCAUAAUUUUUACCGAGACGUUUUCUUUUUCUUCUUCUCUCCUUAGAGCAGUGUUUAAUCUUUCCAUCUCUUUCUUUUCUUCCUUCUUUCUUUCCUUUUUCUUUUUUCUUCUUUUUCUCUUCAUUAUUUUCCUGUUUCUGUUUUUUUUUCUUUCUCUCUUCUUUCUUUUCCUUUUCUUUCUUAUUUUUCUUUUUUCUUUCUUUUUUCGUUUCCUUUCUUUUUUCUUUCUCUCUACUUUUCUUUCUUCUUUCUUUCUUUUGCUUUUUCUUUCUUUCCUUUUUUCUUUUUUUCUUUCUUUUGCUUUUCUUUCUCUCUUCUUUCUUUUCCUUUUCUUUCUUUUAUUUUGUCUUUCUUUUUCUUUUUCCUUUUUUCAUUCUUUUCCUUUCGUUUUCUUUUUCUUCUUUUUUCUUUUCCUUUUCUUUUCCUUUUUUCUUUCUUUUUUCUUUCACCUUUUUAACUUUUUCUUUUUUUUUCUUCUUUUUAUUUCUUAUUUAUUUUCUUCUUUUAUUUCUUUCUCGUUCUUUCCUUUUUUUCUUUCUCAAUAUCCCUUGCUAUUUCCCUUCCUCAUUAGGUAUCCGUUACUGUCUUUCAAAACAUCUCUUUUUCACUUAUUCCUUGUCUUUCUAUUUUUUGUUUUAAACAAUUUCUGCCUCCCUCACAUAUCAUCUCACAUUUUCAAUCGACCCAUUUCAACCUUUCCCCUUUGCUUUCUUGUUCGACAUUUAAUUCUAUCUGCAUUUUCUGUUCCACAUCAUUUCUUCCUAACGACUUUCGUAUUUGUUUCAUCUGUUGCAGCCAUGACAGACGACUUGAAAUGGAAGAGAGUUUCGUUACUUUUGAUGCAUCUUGAGUAG